AUGCUUUCCUCCUUACUCAACAAGGACCCAUCACCUCCGCGAGUCAUUCCACCUUCCCCCGCAGCAUCCCCCUCGGCGACUUCAAAUCGCGGUCCACCCUCGGUUCAUCGAUCACCCUUCAACUCUCUCUCACCAACAAAGCGGCCGCACUCCCCAUCAGACCAUGACCCAGGUCGGUCCAACCCGAACACGCCAUCGCGCAAUGCGAUCAGCAACCUCGUCAACGCAUCUGACGAAUCACCCCGCACUGGCUCGCGCAUCGCGUCACGCGCGGUGACUCCCUCCGCUGUCGACACGGUGGACGAACCCGACGCUGCGAUGGCGAUUGACGAACGGCUCGAGGACGACGGGGCCGGUUCUGGCGAGCCAAUCGAGGUGGAUGACGACGACGAUGAUGAUGACGACGAAGACGACGAUGAGGACGAUGACAGCGAGGAUGAUGAUGAUGACGACGACGAUGACGACGACGACGACAUUAUCGCGCUCGACGGCCCAGACGGAGCCGAUAUCAACCUCGGUGACGCCGUCAAGAAGGAGCCUGAUGACUCCACUGCCAACGGUCAAGCCAAGCCCGAUGGCGAGACCAAGGACGAGAAGCCGAAGAAGAAGAAGCGCAAGCGCUCGCCGUCCGAGGACCUUGCGCCGCCUCCGCCGCCCAUGCCGACUAUCCGCCUCGAGGUCCAGUUGCCAGAUGAAGGCAUGCUCGAGUGGAACUUUCUACAGGAGGCCGCAAAGGCCGGAUACGAGCUGCAGGACGCCAAUGGCGUACCGUAUGUCGUUGUCGAGGACAUGAUCGCCCAGGAGAACGGCGAGGGACCACCUGACGGUGCUCCCGAAGGCAUCGAGGGGGAGAACGGCGAAGGGCCGCGUCCUGACCCGUUCGGACCUUCUGGCUUUGGCGAUGAGGCCAGAGACGCCGAGGCUAUUGCUGCACGGCUCGAGGCCAAGUGGGCCAACUAUGGCAAGACGGGCAAGAAGAAGAAGCCGACCAAGUCAGGCCGCCGCGCGCCACGUGAGCUGUACGACUUGAACGACGAAUUUAUCGACGACUCGGACGUCUACAUCGACCUCCCGACGCACGUCGCGCGUCCGAAGAAGGAGGGAUUCUUUGUCCACCAGGGCCCGCUUGAGCUCUUGGAGGAAGAAGGCGGAGGACCGAAACGGCCCAAGCCUGUGCGCCGGGGAGUUAAGACUCCGCGAGAGGCGCGCCCAAGUCUCUCAGCCGCCCUCCGGGAGAAGUUCAAGCCCAAGAGCGACGCAAGGUCGAACAGACAGGAAGUCAUUGUCAUCGACGACGACGACGGCCCAUCUCAACCAAGGCCCGUUCGCUAUCGCGCGAUGUCCCCCUCACCUGAAGGAGGGGACCCUACCGAAGGACUCAUCGACCGCUCGCUAUUCAGGAAUGCUCCGAAAGAGGAGAAAUAUCUGCCUCCUUACGACUCCUUCCCAGGGGAAGUGGCGCACGAAUUGCGUCAGUUGCGCUACGCGAGCACAAUGCAAGACGGUUGGGAUCCCAACAACAAGGGCAAGUUCCCCGAGCAUCUCAAGGCGCUGCUUCAGCACGCUGGCGAGGCCGCAUUCCAUCACGACCUGCUCUGCGUCGUCGACAAGGAGCCGACCGACACGCGCUAUGAAGCGUUCAAGGAGAAGGCGUUCGUGUUGGCGCUCUGUGGGAUGUUGCCAUACAACAAGUUGACUCUUGGCAAACUCGUGCUCAAGUUGUGCUACCAUGAGUACUGGAAAUGGCUGCAGGCGUGUGAGGAGGAAGGCCUGAUGCAAUGGAAGGAGCUCCUUGAGCCGCAUCUUGACGAGAUGCAGGAUGACUGGGCGAGGCAACAGCGCGAGUACCAGGAGAAGCAGGAGCAGCAAGAGUUGAUCGACGACAUGGCCAGCGAUAAGAAGAACGAGCUCAAAAAGAUGCCCUACUUUGCACAGGACCAGGACCUCAAGGACAUCUUCCGCCAGCUCGUUGAGAACACGCAGGAGAUGGUCGAGAUCAACAAGAAGAUGGAAGAAUGGGGCCAGCCGAUUCAAGGCCAGUCCAGCGAGCUGAACAUGCGCAAGAUCCUGUACAACAAGAUCAUCAAGAUGUACCCGGGCGACUUUAUGACGUCGUUGCAUCUCUCGCGCCAGUUCACCAACUACAAGCGCUCUGGGCAGGGCGCGGCCGCUGCAGCUGCAUUGCGGAGGGGUGAGGAGCUGCCACCGCCGCCAGCAGCAGCACCACCGGCUGAGUAG